UAAGGAUGAGCAGCAAGGAGCUGACGCUGGUCCAGUCCAACCAGUAUGUGGGGCCUUACAGGCUGGAGAAGACCCUGGGGAAGGGGCAGACAGGACUGGUGAAGUUGGGUGUCCACUGUAUAACAGGGCAGAAGGUGGCCAUAAAGAUUGUCAACAGGGAGAAACUCUCCGAAUCAGUUCUAAUGAAGGUGGAAAGAGAAAUAGCUAUUCUUAAACUAAUAGAGCACCCUCACGUUCUGAAGCUUCAUGAUGUCUAUGAGAAUAACAAAUACCUGUACCUGGUGUUGGAGCACGUGUCUGGCGGAGAGUUAUUCGACUACCUGGUGAAGAAGGGCAGGCUGACCCCCAAAGAGGCCAGGAAGUUCUUCAGACAAAUCAUCUCCGCCCUUGACUUCUGCCACAGUCACUCCAUAUGUCACAGAGACCUGAAGCCAGAGAAUCUUCUCCUGGAUGAGAAGAACAACAUCAGGAUAGCAGACUUCGGCAUGGCCUCACUACAAGUCGGCGACAGCCUGUUGGAAACCAGUUGUGGAUCCCCACAUUAUGCUUGCCCAGAGGUCAUAAGGGGGGAGAAGUACGACGGUCGCAGGGCAGAUGUUUGGAGUUGUGGCGUCAUCCUCUUUGCUCUUCUUGUGGGUGCCCUGCCCUUUGACCAUGAUAACCUGCGUCAGCUUCUAGAGAAAGUAAAGAGCGGGGUAUUCCACAUGCCCCACUUUAUACCUCCUGACUGCCAAGCUUUGCUUAAAGGAAUGAUAGAGGUCAACGCUGACAAGAGACUCACGCUAGAAGCAAUACAGAAACACUCCUGGUACCAGGGUGGUCGUAAUGAGCCUUGCCCAGAGCAGCCGCCCCCCCGCAGGGUGUGUGUGAAGAGGAUCCUGUCCUUAACAGAUCUGGACCCUGACGUCCUGGAAAGCAUGUACUCCUUAGGGUGCUUCAGAGACCGGGUCAAACUCACACAGGACCUUACAAGUGAGGAGGACAACCAGGAGAAGAUGAUCUACUACCUCCUGUUGGACAGGAAAGAGCGAUACCCCAGCUGUGAAGACGAGGAUCUGCCACCCAGAAAUGACAUAGAUCCACCAAGGAAGCGUGUGGACUCACCCAUGCUGACACGUCAUGGCCGCUGUCGUCCAGAGAGGAAGAGCCUUGAGGUCCUCAGUGUCACAGAACAGGGGUCUCCCACCCCACCUCGCAGGGCCCUGGACACUAACGCACACAGCCAGAGGUCUCGUUCAGUCAGUGGAGCAUCUACAGGUCUGUCCUCCAGUCCCCUCAGCAGUCCCAGGAGCCCGGUCUUCACUUUCAGCCAACCAGAAGUCACCCCCACCUCCGCUUCCUCCUCUAAAGACCCCAAACCAGGAAGUGCCACCACCUCUCGGCCUACCCGCCAGGCGCCUGACCCAAAAACCCAGACCCUGCCCUCAAAGGGCCCAACUGACCGGCCCCCGCUCCACUCCAUGAAGUCCCUCCCUCUCCAGACACCACGCUCUCCUUCCCCGUCCCCGUCUCCACUCCUCUCCCCCAUUCCACGCUUCUUCAACUUCCCUUCUCCGUCUGUGUUCAAGUCCAAGAACGUCCACUCGUCCUCUAACUCCUCUGCUACCCCUCCUCCUGUGUCGCAGGUCACGCCGCAGGGCUCACCGCUGCCCACCCCGCUGGGCACACCUGUGCACCAAAUCCAACACCCUUCCUCCACCACCCCGCCCUCCUCUUCCUCCUCGUCUUCUUCUUCCAGAGUGGACGGAGCCGGCGGGGUCUCGCUGUCACUGACCCCGCCCUCCAGCCCGGGCGGCAGUGGCAGCCUGGCUGCCUCGAGCUCCGGCCACUGGAGAACAAGGCUCAACUCGUUCAAAAACAACCUCCUGGGCUCGCCACGCUUCCAUCGGCGCAAACUACAAGUCCCUACAUCAGAGGACAUGUCCAGUUUGACUCCGGAGUCCAGUCCAGAACUGGCUAAGAGGUCCUGGUUCGGUAACUUCAUCAGCCUGGAUAAAGAGGAGCAGAUCUUUAUUUUGAUUCAAGACAAGCCGCUUAGCUCUAUCAAGGCCGACAUCGUCCAUGCCUUUCUCUCUAUCCCAUCCCUGAGCCACAGUGUAGUGUCUCAGAACAGUUUCCGGGCAGAGUACAAGUCCUCCGGCGGCCCCUCUGUCUUCCAGAAGCCUGUCAAGUUCCAGGUGGACAUCGCUUUCUCUGAGGGAGAGAGGGAGCGAGAGAGGGAACGAGCAGAGAGAGAGGGAAGAAGAGAGAUGGGCAUCUACAGCGUCACCUUCACUCUAAUAACAGGUCCCAGCCGCAGGUUCAAGAGAGUGGUGGAAACCAUUCAGGCUCAGCUCCUGAGUAGUCAUGAUCAGCCUUCUGUGCAGGCACUGGCUGAUGAGAAGAAUGGUCAGCUUUCACGCCAGCCCAGCACUCCUUCGCGUCAGAACUCCCGCCGUUCUGAAAGCGGAUCCGAGCGGGAACGGGAGCGGGGAGAGAAGGAGCAAGUGGCAGACGGGGGGAGCGGAAGUGGGAGCGGAAGUGGGAGCAGCACCGGGGCCGUCUUACAAAGGCGAGGGUCGGGUAAGGACAAGACCAGACUCCUCUCGUCGUCCAACGGGACGCAAUCUCAUCCCUGAAAAGAAUGUUGUGGAAGAGGGGCGAGGGUCAUCUGCCUAGCCUUUUUCUCUUCCUUCCCUCAGUCCUUUCCUCCACUAUUUCCUUCCUUCCUGCCUUGCUUCAUACCAUUAUUCCAAAGCAAUGGGAUAGAGGACAGGAAUGUUUUUCCUUGAAGCUGAUCUAGGGAUAUUGCGGAGAAUUCCCCAUAAAUGGCUGAUUUUAGCAGAAAUGUAUGUUUGUGGGGAUGACAGAGGCAGGUUGAACUGAUCUCUGGUCAGCCUUCAAGGGCCGCUUCACCCUGGAAGUGACAAGUCCAAAGACCGGACGUCCAAAAAGUCCCACCUUACCAGAGAAACACAGGAAAAGCUCAAAGCCAGGGAAACACAUAGUUCGCCCACUUCGACGAAUCAAGAAAGCACAUGACAUUCCCACCGACCAAUCACAUGCAACACGUAGUUCAAAUCCAACAGGAAACCUCCCAUCAGUCCGUCAAAAUGGCGCAGGAAGAUACUGGCCAAUAACAGAGACCCUUAAGUCAUUCUCUCUUAUCAUUUUCUGACCAGCCAACUGUCACCUGGAUCGUCAAGCCUCCUCAAGACCACCUGACCAAACAUGAGUCACAUGACUGGAAGCCCGUUCUCCUCUCUUCUUCUCACUUUCUAAUUGAAGGGGAAAAUGUGUAUUCUCAAGCAUAGCAACAAAAUGAGGAUGUCAUUUGAGAAAGCAACAAAAUAACAAGAAGAGUCUUGAUUUAGACUUGAUUGUUAGGGUGUAGAUAGUAGGCAAUAUUCAUGCUACCCGUUAACAAUCAAGUAGUCUGAGAGCAGAGGAAAACAUGCAAAGAAAUGGCGGGGAAUGGAUCUGAUGUGGUCUACGUAAUAUAGCCCUACAGUUAGCGAAUAUCAAAAUAGGACAGACAACACGCAACUUUUCCUUGAGUGUACGAGAAGCAUAAAGUCCCACAAUUAUUUCUUAAUUACACUGAUAAAGCUAUGAUACCAUAUUGCCUUUAACGGAGGAGAAAAAAAGUGGAUAGUUAGUUAGAUUUAAACCCAUUUUGAGGACACUAGUCACACCACAGGUAGAAUGUCUCAGAAGUGAAAACGCCCACUGGAAGAGAGUGAGAUGAAUAGAUAGAGAUAAAACAGAGGAUAGCCAGUAACGGGUGUCCAUUUUGGUAGCAAAGGAAGAACAAAAAAAAAAAUAGUAGUCCAAAACCUAAGAAAACUCAGAGACGACAAUGAAAGUCAGAUCUGUUAAACUGUUUCUAGUCUAUCUCAAUACAACAUUCAUGUGCUAUAUGUAGGCCACAUUGAAAUAGACAUUUUUUGCUUUAGGUUUUUUCUCCUGUAAAUACUGGCUGUGAAACAAUCCCUUCCAAGUGCAACCCUACUAUGAAUGAUAAAAGAACAAAAUUCACAGUCCUUGCGUUUUAAUGUUUAGCCUAAGCUAAUAUGAAGCUUCAGCAGUCUCCAUUAGCCUCACUAACAUUUGCUAAACUCCUCUCCCGAAUAGCAGGCCUCCCAUCAUAGUUUAACAGCAAUAACUAGGCAUGGCCGACCUGUCAAGUGUUGUGCAUAGGGCUGUAGUAGAAGGGAUACUCUGCUUAUUUUAUAUAGUAGUAGGACAAUACCAUCUAUAUAAGCAAGGGUAUAUUACAAAGUUUUCUACUACAGGCAAACAAACAAAAUGUCAGCCAAGGUUUGUCAUAAGUCAUAAACAUCUCUAUCAGUUUUACCCAUAUGACAUGAAUGAGCAGAAAGAUGCACCACUCAAACAAUGGCAUGAUGGGAAAAAUUAGGGAAAAUCAUCCUGCAUUUGGUUAUUUCCAGAUGUUUACCAGCCCUGCUAGCCUUGUAGUGACAUCAUAUAAAUAGACUAAUUUUGUUCCUUUUGCGGUGUUACAUAUUUGGAGCGGCUUGUUAACAAGUGAAACAAGACAAAAACAAAAUGCUGCUCUUAAAUGAGCUGAAUCUACGGUAUUAGCAGUAGUGUUCAUGUUUUUGCCAGCAGUCUGCUGACAUUUCUGUAGUUCUAGCUAGUUAGUUUUAGCAAGUGGGAGAUGACAUUACUGGUAAAUUCCUGAUAUCGCCAACUCUGAAUCACAGUUAGACGUUUUUCCAACAGCUGUUUUUUCUGCCUGUAAUUACGGUUUGAAACUAAAUCCACAUAUUAACUUCAGCUGAACUUUUUUUCACUGUGGUUUUGUCUCCUAUAUCUUAUAAUGGAGUCACUUUAAGAAGGGAUGACUCCACAGCCAGUAUGGAGAGGAGGAAUGAUUACAGUGUCCGACAUCUCUAAUAUUAGUGUAGACAUGUGAAUAUUGUAUGAAAGGCUUGAAACAAGUCCAAACCUAUCCUUUAACUGAGAGGAGAAUUAUAUUCCAUGAAAUUAGAGUAAUAGAAGAUAGAUGAUGAUGGAAGUCUGGAAUUUAAAAAAAAGAGGCUGGUCAAACAGGACAACCAAGUGUUUGUAGUCCGACAAUUAGGCAACCAAAACCCUUCCUAUGUUCCUUUUUGUUUACCAAGAACGAAUGCGGAACGAUGCAGCGUGACCCUCCGUUCUGCCUCUCUGAAAGGAGAGUUGGAGGGAGGACAGAGAGAGAGAGGCAUGUGAAGAUGAACAGAUAAUGUACUAAAGCAAGCAAGCAAGAAAAAGGGACUCGGGUGUGUCUGUUGUUAGAAAAACUCUUUGCCCAUACUGCCUGGAGGAGGUGGGGGAUGGGGGGAGUGCCCACUUCAUCAAGAAUGAAACUUUGCUUGUUUUAUUUUUUACUUUCCAUACCUUCUUUUUUCUACUCUGCUCUGGGCUUUCUCUCUCUCUCUGUUUUUUUAAAUGAUGAUGUGUUUGCCACCAGCAAAAUAGAGGGCGGCGCUAACCAUGUGAAUGUCAAAAGCUUUUUUGAAAAAAGUGUAAACAUAUUUUUGUUUCAUAUAUUUAUUGAACAUGUAUUUAUUUAUUUAUUUAUUUAUUUAUCUAUUUAUCUAUUUAUUUACUUGUCGUGUUUUUUUCCUGAAUCGAAAAGCAGGAGAUGGGUGAAGACAGGGAAAUGUCACUUUAAAGAUGUCUGACACUGCAGAGCAAACCAGCUUUCCUUGAGAAAACCUGUAAAACAGCUCCUCUCCUUUUUCUUUAACAUUCUGAAAAUUGUUGCUGCAAAAGUACCUUUUAGCUUUUAUUUUGUUCACUUUUCACUGUUUGCUACCCUUGGUGUUCACAUUUUAUGAAGAUUCCACACACACAGUGAGAGAUAAACUUAAUGUGGACUUUUAUGUAUUAGAACAAAAGCCUCUACCACCAGAUAUUUAUCAGUGCUGAGUCGUUCACUUCUUCAGGCAUUUGAUCAGUUUGUUUUGUGUGUCCCUUCAUUCGGGUGUUAUUCAGGUAAUUGGAACCUAAAUCAGGAUGCAAAGCUGCUCGAAUCUUACAGAAUUAGUUCAAAGACUUUUUAACCAGGCUAGUGACGUGGCAAAUAGGUUUGUCGGUUGGUCCACCACUUUGCAGACUGAAAUAUCUCUGCAAUCACUGGAUGGAUUGCCAUGAAAUUUUACAUCCGUGAUCCCCAGAGAAUAAUUAGACAUGGGUGGUCCUUUUUUUAUCUAGCGCCAUCAUCAGGUCAAAAUUCAAAUUUAUCCACUACAUUGUUUUAUGACCAAACACCUGAUAUUUCCACCUGCCUUGGCUGCACUUUGUGUUUAGAGCUAACUUGAAAUUGUUAGCAUGCUAACAAGUAAAACUAAGAAGGUGAACAUGGCAAACAUAAACAGCAGCAUGUUAUAAUUGUCUUGGUGAGCAUGCUUGCAAUACUGAAUUUAGUAUUUAGCUCAAACCACCACUAGUCUUACAGAGCAGCUAGCUGUAGACUUUUAGUCUUGUUCAGAGUGCAAAAUAAUUCAUGAAUAGUGAGUGCAAACACACAUGAAUUUCCUGGUCAUGUCCAUAACUUGAGAAACAUGUUUUUCAUGCAAACCAACACUCCACUGAAACCAUAUAUUAUAGUCUCUUCACACACUCUGCACACUGACACAGCUGGACAACAAUGGAAAUAAACAACAUUCAUUUGCAGUUAUUUUUUUUUAGUGUUUGGAAAAUUGUACUUAAACGUCCUAGAAUAUUUUAAUCAAGGGAUUAACAUCCAAAUGCAAACAGAUUUUUUAAUUAUACGUGCAUCAUUGCCAUCGGUGAGGUUUUUGCAUGGUGUCCUAAUCAUUUUGGUAAGCUUUGAAAAACUAUGUGACAGUUCUUUUUUUUUUGCACUUUUAAGUGGCACAGCACCCUCAACGGACACAAACAAAGAUUUUCAGCCUGCGCUGGUUUAACAGUGGAUUUAAAUGUGUUUUCUCCCUCUCAUUUAAUCACAGGAUUUCUUUUCCCAUCCUGCCGCUCAAAGUGAGAAGAAGGUGAGGCACACAUCUGAAAGGUCAAAGGUCAGGGAGGUUUAAAGUCCCAUAUUCACAUACACAAAAGAGAGCAUUAUGUCAUAGUCUUUUCUCCUUUUUUUAUUUUACACUCAAGGUCAGGAUCAAGUUCACCUUACAUCCACUUUCAGAAAGAAAGGAGUUAGUUAAAGGAUAGAAACGUGAAGAGGCAAAGGCAGAAAGAAAGGCUGGAACUUUGCUCUACUCUGAGCAAACUCUGCAUCUAAUCCAUUCAUAGUCACAAUGGGACCCUCGGCACGUUUGCGGCUGAGAGACUCCCACCCUCGCAAAAAUUCUCCUAUUGAAAAAAAUCUCACCCCUCCUUCCCUCAAUCCUCCUUUAACCCCCCCUCUCCCCCCUCAACUUUACAUUUUCUACUCCCCCAUCAUUCCUCCUCUUUGUGUCUCUUGAAUCCUGCUCCACACCCAUCCUUGUCCCAGCUGCACAUAUCUCAUCCCCUUAUAUAAUCAUUCCCUCCUCCCCUCCCUUUGUAUACAUUUUAUACGCUGUAUACUUCAACGCAGAUACUGUAUACAUUUGUAUACACUGCAUUCCUGUCUCUGUCUCCAUUGUAUGCCAUCCAUAUCUAUGUAGCAUUCACUAUCUUUUAUCGACACUGUAGUCACCGUACCAACUCUUCCUCUCAUUAUUAUUGCUCAUUCUUCUUCUGCAGUUAGAAUUGUACGACUAUAAUCUCUUGUCUCCCACCCAUGUUCACCUCCAUCCCCAACCUGCUACACCCCACCCAUGACCAACCCCCCAAAUCUUGUGAACCUCCACUCCACACAGUAGAAAAAGUUUCACUCUGGAGGAAUUCGUGACCUCAGAAAAACUCGAGAGAAAGGAGGAGGAGGUGUGUGGGGGAGGGUGGGUCGAGAAAACUGCUAACACAAUUAUUGAUGAUGAUGGCGGCAACGACGAAGAGAAAUGUCUGUAGUAUAAUUACAAAAAAGGAAAAGUGCACUAUUAUGACAAUGAUUAUUAUUGCCUGUGAAAAAUACUGACCAAUAAACAACAGUGGAAAUACA